ACUGUCACCUUGCAUUCUGUGUUUGACAGCAUCCAUAUUACUGUGCAUUGUACAAUCUGCUAGCUCCAAAAGACCGUAUAAUAAAAUUUUGUGAUAAACAAUGAUGAAAAUUAAAGCUCUAAAUGAAGCAUCGACAAAUGAUGUCGAUGAUUCUUUUAAUAACAUAAUUUCAACAGAAGCGCAAGAACAGAUAGUUAUGAACGAAUAUAAUAAGGCUCUAAAAUUAUUGGUAGAUAAAAACUUCAAAGAUGCUUUAUCUACUUUUCAAGAUCUUGUUAAUACAGAGCUCUUAGAAAAAGUUCUGAAGCCUCUAUUUUAUGAAGGAGCAUGCCGACCAAUGCUUUCUUUGAAGUAUUCUUGCUACAAAAAUAUUGCAAAUAUUUACAAUAAAUUGGAAGAAUAUCCCAAUGCUUUGUGCCAUUACUGGGAAGCAUCAAAGUUAGAUGAUACAGAUGUUACGCUUUGGUACAAAAUUGGCCAAACAGCUUGUAGGAUGUUUGAUUUAGAACUUAGUUGUUUUGCUUUUGCACAAGGUCUCAAGUGUAACACAAACCAUUGGCCAUGUUUAGACAAAAUUAUUACUAUUUUGUUUGCCAUUCCUGACUAUAUAAGUUGUCUUUUUUAUAUUUUCCUAGCAUUAAAAAAGGAUCCAUCAUAUUAUAAGGGACUAAUUUUUUAUCAAAAAAUAAUGAGUGAUUCUUCUUUCUACGGACGUUGUUACAUACAUUAUAACAAUAUCAAAUCAUUGGAACUAUCUGUUUGUGAUCAGUUCAAUUUUCAUUUGAGAGAUACUUUAAUGGAUGAAGUUGAUAAUAUCCACAAACAAUGGCUUAAGAAAUUUAAUAAAUCCGGAAAUUUUAAAAUUGACCCAAUCAGAGUUAAAUCAAUGAAAGAAUAUUCUUGGGUAGAGUUAGGAAAAACUUUACUAGAUACCUAUAAUAACAUGGUUGACAAAAACCGUAAUUUAAAUUAUUCUGUCCAAUUUCAAUUCUUAAGUUUAGAUUCACAUUUCCCUCUUAUAACUACAACUAGUCAUGAUGAAGUCAAUCAAAAUGUAGGAAAAUUACAAGAAAGUGAGGUCGAUGUGUUUUCUCCAAAUUCAGUAGGAUUAAAGUUUGAGGACUGUGAUUUGUCACAUUCAACCACCAAUUCACAAGAAAUGCGAUUUUCUGUAGAUGUUAUUCAUUCUAAUAGAAAAAAAUUUCGGUCAAUUCCAGACAACAAUUCAAGCCUUAGAAAGAUCCAAACAAGUGAUUCCGUUUGUUAUACAAAAGAAAAUGCAACUGACAGAAAAGAAUCAGAAAAAGAUAAAGCAAAUAAAGGAAAAAAACGUCGAAGAAGUUCAUUAUGUUUCUUAACCCAGUGGGCAUGGAGUGGCAGUGCAAAACGUUCAUCUAGAAUAAGAACACCUAUAAAAAAAGAUUAUGAAAGUGAUGGGGCUAUUUUAGAAGAAACUUUGAGAGAAAUUUUUCCGCCUGACUUACUGUAA